AUGAGCAACACUCAAGCUGAGAAGACCCUGGUAGACCGGAUCAAACUAUUUCAUAAAUGUAUUGAAUGCGAUGACACCAUCGACAAGCCCGGCCUGAUGAUGAUGAUGAGAGAGAACUUCCCCAACUUCCUCAGUGCCUGUGACAAAAGGGGCACUGAUUACUUGGUCAAUCUCAUUGAGGAAAAAGACAAAAACGGGGAUAAGAAGAUUGCGUUUCCGGAGUUUCUCUCCACGCUGAGGGAUGUAGUCACAGACUACCACAAAGAGAGCCACGGCGCAGCGCCCUGUUCCGGGGGAAGCCAGUGA